UGCAGGCCCUUUAGACGGAGAAGUCCAUGUCCUAGGGAGAGACCAUGGCACUCCUUGCGCCUGUUUUCUUCCUUACCCUCCUCCUUGCUUCAUCUUCUUAUGGGCAGAGACAGAGGAGGCCCCCAGCCCCUGAGGGUCCCAUUGAGACGGUCAAGAUACAAGAGAACUUUAACCUCCACCAGCUUGCAGGGAAGUGGUUCCUGGUUGGUGUGGCAUCCAAGUGUGACUACCUGAGAGAGUUCAAUCACCAGCUGGAAGCAACAUCCAUUGUAGCAGCCAUCCCAGAUGGCAAGACCCUGGCCAUCAGCACCUUCAGAAGACUGGAUGGGAUAUGCUGGAAUAUUAAACAGCAGUACAACCCCACCAAGACCACAGGACGCUUCCUCUUGAAGGGCCGUGGCUAUGGUGGCAACGUGGACGUGGUGGUGGGGGAGACGGACUACAACAGCUACGCAAUCCUGUACUACCAGAAGCGCCGGAAGAUCUCAAUCAAGCUCUAUGGAAGAGAUAUUCGGGUCAGCGAUGCUGUCAUCAGUAAAUUUGAGCAGCACGUCACAGACAUGAACAUGAAUGAGGACUUAACCUACUACUUCCCUACAUACGGGUUCUGUGACUCCGCAGAUGAGUUCCAUAUUCUUGAUGAAACGAAGAACUAGGAGGAGGUGGAAGUGCCAGAGAGACCCCAAGGAGCCCGCGCACAAUGCCUGCAGCAAUGCUGAGUGACACAGGCUGGACCACAGCACCAUGGGCACAGGAGCUAUCAGCGGCAGUCGCCAAAUGAGCUUGGAGGCCUAGGGGUGAGGGCUGGGGAUGCCUGCCGCAGUCCAGGCUGUGUGCUGCUCCUGUGAAGUCUCUCGGGUUCUGCCACCCAUAGAGGGAGUGGCUGCUUUGUGCUUGGCUCAGUGCAGGCUGCCGUGGAGGAGACACGUGAUCUGUGCUCCCCCCACAAUAAAUGCUGUGUAGACGGGGAGGGCUCCUUGGCUCCACAUUUGUGGGA